CCCGGAAUAAUUAAGAAACAAUAUUUAAUUCUAGUACAUUUAAUAUUCUUGCAAUAAUGUUGCGAAAUUUUCGAAUACAAAAAGGUUUAAAAUGUACAAUUCAAUCGAGAAGGGCAUUUUACUUGUGGCUGAACAACAUAUUUAACAGGUGGGAUUUAAUGUACUGUUUGUAAAUAAAAGAGGGCUCCUUUGUGCACAUGUGCAGAUCGGACUGUACCACAUCUUUAAUGUAGCAAAAUAGAUUUUAGGAAAGAGUGGAAUUGUUGACAGGCCAGAUGCUUGCUCCUGGAAAGGCCCACCUUAAUUAAGCAAAUUGAUCCAUCAUCUUUAAAGGCCUUGGUAGACGGUAGUGACAACUGCUUGGGGACAUGCCAUGUACGGAAGUUAAUUAACCCACUGCAUUGCAUUGUGCCCCAAUGUGCCUACUUUAUUAUUUUACUCUGUCUAACACCAGACGAUUUUACUUGUAAGGAAAGAGUGCUGGCACUCAAUUGGUUAAUCAGACUAUAUCUUAUAUCUGUCUAGACCCAUUGAGUUGCAUUGUACUAAUGCACCCUAUUUUAUUAUUUUAUUCUGUCUAAUGCCAGAUAAUUUUACUACAAUUUUACUCCCCUUAAGGGGAGAGCACUGAUAUUCAAUGGGUAUGGGUUGUACCCCUGCAGCCCACCAGCGACACCAGCUGCUCGAUCUUGCAUCAGUCAACUUAUUUCAAACAUAGCGAAUUAGAUUUACCCUGCUCACCUAAUUCCAUCACCAUCAAAUAAAGCAUGAAAUUUGUUUUUUUAUUAUAUUAAGAGUUGACGAAGACAGGCGGCAAACUGUUGGUCCUGAAAGGUUGGUGUUGGAAACGUUAUGGCCAUCUUGCAUCAGAAGUUCACAAUUUGCAUGAGUCCAUGCCCCCCCCCCCCACCUAAAGUUUUCAUGGUACUGAAUGUAUAUGGCCUUUCGUGCUUGUUUGGGAUAGUACUAUAAUAAAUACUGAUUUGCUCUGGGUACGAGAUUGGUGGUUAUGCUAUAAUUGCAUGCAUGCAAGGUUUAAAUAUAUUUCUCCUUUUUUGUGUGACACUGCUAAAUGGCAUAACUAAAAUUAUCAGUUUUGAAAGGUGAAAUGUAUUAGUUUUGAAAGUGUUUGGGGCUUCUAUAGUAUGUGUCAGUUUUAAACGUCCCUGUGUGAUUUUCAAAGCAGAGUAACGCUCAACUUGGCCUUUGCAUAUUUGUGUAAUUGUUCUUUUACAAUAUGAUAAUUUUCGGCAAGAAUCUUCACUGAUUUUUUCAGUAUAGACAUGUGGUUCACAGAAAUAUAUCUGCCUAUCAUCAGGCAUUAUAGUAUUAUACGCAUGGUUACUUUAAAUUUUAAUUUUUAAAUUAUUGUGAUAAAUAGCUGCAUGAAAAUGCGUUGUCCGGGCUUGUGAUGUCUGGGGAGGGGCAUGCUACUAGACCUGAACAGCAGCCCCCUCCCCCAUCAUAAAAUCGCUGUGCAGUCCCCAUUCUCCAGAUGUGCCCUACUUUAUUAUUUUACCCCAUCUAAUGCCAGACGAUUUUACUCAUCAGAGGGAGAGUGCUGCCACUCAAUGGAUUAAGCUAGCUGGUAGAUAUUUAACAUUUAGUUGAUAUAUCAUGAUUUUAGAGUUGCAGGAGAAUGGAUUUUAAGAUGUGGAGGAGGUGUAAAGUUCACAAAAAUUGAUAGAUAUAUCUGGGAUUACAAUUCCUUGCCAGAAUGGUCUCGAAAUAAAUACGAAGUUGAAGGCAUCGAUGCUAAGAACACAUACAUCACUGAUGGAGGGCUCGAUCAUUUGGGUACGUUCAAGAAUGCUUCUUUGUUCUUUUCGACAACAAGACUGGGCAGUUAAUCCAAAACGUGAUUGAUACAAAUAUUCAUAUAGCAUUUCCCAAAACUGCUAUAUUCUGUAAAAGUUAUCAAUUGAAUGUUUCAUAAAACUUUUAUAAAAGUAGGUUCGCAAUGCGUCCAUGUACGCAUUUUGUGCCUAUUUUUAUAAAUGAAAAUUCCAAAUCUAAUUUAACUUUAGAUUAGGAGCGGUCAAAUCGUGCUAUAUACAGUAGGUAAGCGCAGUAGUUUGGAAAUUUUAAGAGAGUUGAUUGAUAUUUUUUCUUUUAGAUGGUCUGCAGCACUUGAAGUCAUUAAAUUUACACAACUGCAGAUAUGUUUCAGAUUUGACCAAACUUCUACCAGUUCAAGAGACUUUAGAGGACCUUGAUAUCAGCAACUGUUCUGAAAUAGAAGACCUUUCUUCAUUGUUUAAACUUAGGUAGGCAGGCAGCAUUAAUCGCGGUCAAAUGCGCGCUAUUCAUUUAUUUAUUUAACAAUAAUUUGUUUCAACAAAAUUAUUUACCAUAAGUAGCACAGUUGCAGCUUGUAGACCGUUUUUAUGCGAGACAGUAUUAUUGUACACUAGUAAAUCUGUUCAGUAUAUUUGCGGAAAAUAACAUAUUUAUUUACUUGAUUUUCCUUCAUUUUUAUACAAUAUAUAUUGCAUAUCCAAUAUACGAGUUGGAAUAUAAACAUAAAAGGCUUCAAUUCUAUAUACCAGGGGAAAUAAUGUAAUUGUAAAAUGCUUUUCAAGUUGUAACAUACGCUAACUUGUGAAAUGUCCUAUAAUUUUAGGAAGUUAAGGUUUCUUUCAUUGUAUGGGAUGGUGUCUGUAAAAGAUCAAGCAUCAACAAUAAAUCGGCUGAAAGAUGUUCUCCCUGAAUGCGAAAUAAAUGAAAAUGGGGACAAGACAGAAGUAAAUGAGUAACUAAUAGCAAAGCAAAGUUGGGAGACAGACUAGUUUCAGACUCGUGAACAACGUUGGCCAAAAUGAAUGGAUGUCGGAAUCUCACCAGACAUGGAGUAAAUGAAAUAACUUGUGUUGAUGCGGUCUGAUUCGGUUAUUUGGUCCAACUGUUCCUGAGGAAGGAAAAAUGGCGUGAUAUACUCAAGCUAAUAUAUGCCAGAGUUUCUGAAUUAUUUAUUUCAAGUUGUUAUACAUUUUCAAUUGACCUAAACAGAACAAUUUUUAUUAUUUAAAAUUAUAUUGCUAUCUACGUGUAAGUUUGUGUGUGCGUGAACCAUUCAGUAACACGAAUUGAAAUUAU